AUGGCGGCGGCGGUGGCGGGCGGCGUGGGGCCGGUAGUGGCGGAGGCGGCAGCGCCUGGGGCCGGGGCCGAGACCAAAGCCGAGGUCGGGGCCGGGGCCGAGACCAAAGCCGAGGUCGGGGCCGAGACCAAAGCCGAGGUCGGGGCCGAGGCCGAGCUGGAGGCCGAGGUGGUGCCGCCGCCGCUGCCGGGGCUGCAGCUGGUGCAGCAGGGCGCCGAGGCCUGCGUGUUCCGCGGGCGCUUUCUGGGCCGCGAGGCCGUGGCCAAGCUGCGCGUGCCCAAGCGCUACCGGCACCCGGCGCUGGAGGAGCGGCUGAGCCGGCGGCGGACGGCGCAGGAGGCGCGCGCGCUGCUGCGCUGCCGCCGGGCAGGGAUUCCCGCGCCCGCCGUCUACUUCGUGGACCACGUCACCAACUGCAUCUACCUGGAGGACAUCGCGGGCGCCGUGGCGGUGCAGGACCACAUUGAGAGCGUGCAGCGGCGCGGAGGCGACGCCGGCAGCCUCCUGCCCCUCAGCAAGAAGCUGGGCGCGCUGCUGGCCAGGCUGCACGACGAAGACCUCAUCCACGGCGACCUCACCACGGCCAAUGUCCUCCUGCGGCCGCCCGUGGAGAAGCUGGACUUGGUGCUGAUAGACUUUGGGCUCAGCUUUGUGUCAGGCCUUGCUGAGGAUAAGGGAGUUGACCUGUAUGUGCUGGAAAAGGCCUUUCUUAGUGUUCAUGCUGGAGUGGAAACUGUUUUUGAGACUCUGCUGAAGACCUAUGCAGCUACAUCAAAAAAGUCUGGUCCUGUUAUCAAAAAGCUGGAUGAAGUGCGGCUUCGGGGUAGGAAGAGAUCCAUGGUUGGCUAGGAGAGAGCGGUGAUGGAGAAGURUUACUGAUUAGGUUCUGCAAACAUGUUUAUUUAUACUUCGGUUUGGUUUUACUCCAUARAUGGCUAUUUUGGUAAUGCUGUGUCUUAAAUAAAUUUACUACACAUAGUGGUAA